UUACAUGUUUUUGUUAAUUACAAAUUGUCUUUAUCAAACAAAAUAUUAUUUGCUAAAGCUCUUGUUUUCUGCAACAUUUUUAGCAGUUAUGAGAUUUCAUUCAGCUCACCACACCAGUACAGCCUCACUGUGAUGCUCCAGCAACAGCAUCCUUGCAUUGUCUUGGUCUUUUAAAGAGACAGGCGCGUUUUCUGCUCCCUCCCAUCCCUUCCUCUUUCCCCUGGCUGAGAUUUGUUUUCCCCUCCUAAGCAGAGCACCAGUCCGCUCUUCUGUGCUGUGAUUUAAAGCUUGGCAGGAUCUGAGGCUGCAGAGAGCAUCUCCUUUUUUCUACUCCUUCCACCUUCACUAGAUUGGAUGGGAUUUUAUGUAACAGUGACUGAAGAAUAUAUGUCACGGGAAGACCACAGGCAUUCCAAGCAGUGAUGCAUACACUCAAAGACAGACACGGAGGCGCGCAAAAGCAAGCUUCUGCAGUGAUCUGCUUGCUCUGGCAAUGCUGAGGCUGACUGAUAACGAUGCAGUUCUGCAGGAAGGUGCUCUGCAGGCCUUGUAGUGCCAGGGUCACUUCGCCAGAGGAGGACAUGGAAUACAGGAUGGGGAGCUGCAUCAGAACCUCACACAAACAGCUACCACCUCCCUCAGCAGACAUGGCUACUCCAGCUCCAGUUUGGUCCCCACCCAUCACUCCCUCCCUUUCCCAUACACUUGUCCCCACGUCUGCUCCUGCCCUGCGUUCAUGGCUAAAAUAGCAACAGAGAAACCGGGGUUCCUCAGGAGACACGACAGAAACAUUGGUUUGACAGUAAACACACUCAGGAGGGUCUUUGUCAAACCUGAACGUUGGAAACUGUCUCAUUAUUUGCAGUGUGUCUUUCAGCCAGCUGAUGUGAGAGGCCGUUGGUCUGGGCAGGUGUGGCCCUUCACCUGGCUGAGCCAUGGGGAACGAGAGCAGCACAACUGAGACAUUGACUGAAGCAGAGAGUCUGAGUGGAAGGGACAACCAGGCACUGCUUUCUCAACCAGUGCUUCCAGAGGUCCCAGUCAUCACUGGAGUGGAGGAGGGCAGAGGAGCUGCAGACCAGGAGGACAAGGAGGAGCUCGAGUUUCCUCAUGACCUUCUUCCCAGUUUGGAUUUCAGCAGCGAGCUGAACAUCUGGGAGUGCUCACUGGGAGCUCAGUCUAGCUCCGAUGAGAGAGAAUGUGAGCAGGUGAACCCUCUGCUGGCGGGCCUGCAGCAUCACAUGGUUGGACCAUUGCUGGUUUUAGACGGAAGGCCUGAUGGCAUCCAGCCAGUAAUCCCAGAUGUCCAGGCUUCACCUCAGCCGGGAAUCCUGACACCUUCCCCAACUAACUUCUUGGACCAGGAACUACAAAUGGCCCUCCAAGAAUGCGAAGAACAAAUGGCAUCACUUUGCGUACUUGCUUCUAAGGAGUCUGAGAUGGCUCAGGAUGUAGCAUGGAAGACGACCAGUGAAGUGAUGUUUAAUGAAUCCAGGAAGUCGUUCUCGCCACCUCCAUUUGCAGUGCAGACAGGACAUAGCAACGGGAGCCAUGGAAACAACAGUACACAUGGAAACAGUGAGGCAGCAAGCAGGCAGACAGAUACAGUUGUGUUUAGUUUUAGGGAUUACAUUCUAGGCACAGAGAAUAACUCUGGGAAAAUAGCAACUGAAAGAAAAGUAGAAGCAAAUCAGAGUCUGGAGGGAUGUUCAGAGCUUAAGGCAAAAACAUGGAUGGAUGAACAGAAGGAAAAAUCAGAUACAAAUAAAGAAUCUUCAAAAGAACAGAGAAACUUCGAGACCUUAGACCAACAUGUUGGUCCAAGUGUCACUACUGAAAUAAAUAGCUCAAAAGAUUUUGAUUCAGAGAUUAAAGAAGAAGGCCCAAGAAGAAAAGUAGAGACUGCAGCCUUAUGGAAAGACUUUACAAAUGAUGAGCUUGAUAUUAAUGUUUGUACAGAUGAGGCUAAGGCAGAUUGUUUAGAUUCAGCAACAUCAGUAGCACUGAAAGAAACAGGCGAGCAAAGUAAGACAAAUCAGUCAAUGUCAAAAUCAGACAAACAGAUAAGCACCAAGCAGGUUGGACAGAACAAAGAAGCAAAGAAAAAGAAACACAAGAAAAAGAAAAAGAUAGAAAAGGGCGCCGAGAGUGAACGGAAAGCAAAAACCGAGCUUUCGCAUUCUGAAAUCAAAACACAGAAUCUGUCACCGUUGUAUGUUUACUCUCGCAUAGAUUUAACAGAAAAUGCUACAUCAGAGCUAGACACUGAGCUUCUGACUUGUGGGGAAAAGACUGAUUACAAGCAGCAGCUGAGUCCUGGGGGAAUGCUAAAGUCUUACCCCCAAAUCAGUCUGGAUCAUCUUACUGCCACAGGCUGCUCACCUGUCUCCAUGCAAGCCCUUUCACAGAAGACCCAUCAGUCAGAUAACCACAACAAUAUGGAUGCCCAGGGUGUUAUUAAUCAGAGCUCAAAGUGUGAGCAAGAUGUAACCAAAGGAGAAAACAGAAUACACACUACACCAGCAACAAAUCUCCAAACAGCUAUCAAACAAGCUGAUUCUAGUGAAAAGGGAUUGGAUGUACAGAAGCAGGAGGCUAUAUUUACUACAGAAGCAAAAAUACUCACAGAGGAGGAUCAGAUUGUACUCUGCAACAGCAGAACUUGUGUGGGAGACAGUUGUGUGGAGACCGGCCUUGGAAAAGCUUUAAUAGUGGUUAAUGCGUUGCCACUGACAACACCCACACUGUCAGAAGUGACAGAAAGCGAGAGAGAAGGAGAAAGCGUGAGCUGUUAUCUACAGGAGAGUGUGGCUAUGGUAGCAGUUGCAGAGACUCAGGAAGAAGCUGGAGAAGGCAAAUUGAGAGGAAGAGGAGAGUAUCUUCGCUCUGCGGAUGUGAACAGUAACAAACUCCUGGCGAGCUCCCGCCAGGUCUCAUUAAUCUGCUCCCAGGGAAAUUGCACGCUUCCAUUGUCAGCCGAAGAAGGGGAGACUGCAUGUGAAGAAAGCUGCAGCAACAAAAUGCCACACAACUUGGCAGAGGCUGAAAUUAAGGGACAGAGAGAGACGUGCAUUCACAGCGCAGACACAGAGAUCUCACCAGCCGAAGAGACGGACACAGAAAAGGAGCUGCUAUGCUUAAAAGGCUGUACUAAUACCUUCGCUCCUGAUUUCCAGGAUCACAGUGCUGCACGAUUGGAAAGAUCAGGAGAGGGAGGGGGAAGAGAAGGAGGAGGAGAGGUGGGAGAAAAAGAAGGGCUUGCAGGAGAGCACAAUCUACUCAGCCAGCCGAAAGGCUCUGCUGGAGGGGUGUCAUCGGUUAAGGAAGGAGCGAGUCCGCCCAGGGAUGUUGCCGAGUCACAGCUGAAGUCACAGUGCCGGGGUGAGCCGAUCGCUACCAUCCUUGAGUGUUUUGAGGAAGAGCUUUUCUAUCACAAACAGCAUGACGUGACAGUUUUACCUCUUCUCUCUUACUCUGAGCAGCAGCAGAGGUUCAGUAAUACAGAUGUCGGGAUAAAGGGUGAACCAAUUCAAGAACUGGUUUCAGAGGAAGCAAUCUCUUUGGGACAACCUUGCCAGACAUCAUUUCUUAUGGAGAGAAACUGCAAACGCGUUUUCCAGUCUUUCAUCUCACCUCAGCCUUUGAAUACAUCACAGCGAAGCGAAAAACGAGCUAGAUCUGAGCAAAUAGCAAGAUCUGAUCAACAGGUUGGACCUUGUAGCACGGAAGAGAGGACAGCUGAAAGCAUAGCCAAUAUCCAGGGCAAGACCAGUAGCCUCAAUAUGACUGGAAGAAGUGCCCUUUUGUGUGCCAACAGUGGAGGUAACAGAGUUCACUUUGCAGAUGAUGUUAAUCUUAAGGUCAUCUCCUCUGAGACUCUAACGGAGAUGCCAGUUCCAGGUUUGGACUGUGCCUCUUUGCGUCCGUUGACUGUUCACGAGAAGUUGCACCAUCCUGUGACAGAAACCAGCUACACUUUCCCCAAUCUUCCUUGCUUCAGGACACCAGAAACCCACAAAAAUGCAGCUAUAAUCAAGGAUGAAGCAGCAAUACAAAGUUUAAAUGAUGUUCAAGAGCAAAUAAAGGAUGCUAAAUUGGAUAAAGAAGAUACCAAGAAAGUUAUUGCUUUAGAUCACUUGCAUCAUCACCACCAUGAAAGAAAUGCUGUAGACUUGGGUGAAAUGGCCGAGGCCAAGGGAUGCUCAAAACAGGUUUUAUCUACUGGGAAGAAUCAGAUAGGUAAUGAAGAUCACAUUAAGAAUGAGUCUAAAAAUUCAGGUAAGACCCACCUCCUUCAGGGGCAUUCAUCUUUAAAGCAAGAUGUUGCUGUGACUCUUGAAGAAAAAGAAGAGAGCCAGCAUAAUGAAUCUGAUGGUCCUACCUGUAAAACCGUCUCCCUUCCUGAGGAGCUUCUUGAUACUGAUCUUAAUCUGAUUUCCAAAUCUGAUGCCGACUCCUCAACCUGCACCGGAUCACAGCCUCCUGAACCCAACCAUCAGCUCUCCUGCUAUUUAGAUGAAACCCCUCCAACUGGACUAGUCAUCACUGAUGUCAUGGAGUCUAUUGAGGUACUCAUGUCCCGAAGUGCUGGUUUGACAAAGGAAGUGACCUCCUCUGUCAGCAACCCACCCUUUGUAUUACAGCCCCCUGGACCAAUGAUGAGUCACUUGGAGUGUAUUACCGACUGUGAUAUCUCUUUUCCAGAGCACACAGAUUGUCACAGUGCUGAUGGGGACUGCAUCAGUGUCUCCAGAGAGGUGGCAAGUAAUAAGAGUGGUGAAAUGAACCAAAUGUCUUUAGUAGAGAAUCUGAAGCAGAGUAGUAGCAGUUUCAGAGCAGACGAAACUUGUCAGAAACUGAAAGAUGGAGAUUGUGCUGAGCACUUGGAUGAUGAACCUCAGAUAUCUUGCACCAAGAAUUUGAAUGUGACUCUUGUUGCCCCAUCUUCAGCUGCAUAUGAUGUACUGUCAAAGGAUGAAUCUGAUAAUGUAAUGUCGACAUGUCACAAUAAGCCAGACUCUACUACUAGUGAGACAUCUGAUAGAGACGACCUGGUUAAUAUCAUCUGCCCUACUAGUGAGACGUGUGCUAAUACUAAGGAUGAUAGCAUGGGGGAGAAAAAGGAACUAAAAGAAGACAUAACCAUGGAUAAUCAAGAGGAAGCAGCAGAUAACAAAAUGCAGCAGGCAGGAAAGACAUACUCAACAUUACAGUAUCAGCAGUAUAAUGGGAAAGAUAAAGAGGCUGUUUUUAUGGAAGCAGGAGGUCUGCUACCACAACAUAGUCACAAUCUGCAAAAUACUGAAUCACCACCAACAGAAAUGGCAAAGAAAGAAGAAAGCAAUGAGAGUUUUUCAUCUAAAUGUGAAAGUACAACAUCCUCCUCAUCUCCUAGUAGAGCAUCUGAGGGAUUUUUACCCCCUGAGUUAGAGUCUAGCACUGAAACUCAGACUGUUUAUGAGCAGGGUUUGAACCAAACUGUGACAGCAGCGCUGGAAUGUAGCUCUGACACUGAAGCUAUACCAGAUCUCAGGACCGCUUUUGGCCAAUCGCAGAACUUGCGAGAUCUAAACAGUUUUGCUCAAGAACUAGAGCAAAGGGAACAGCGUCUGGGAUUCACACAUUUCACAGGGGAGCUGUCAGGUGGAACUGGUGAAGGUGAAGAAAAUACUUGCAGUUGGAUUCAACCUGUAGUUCCAGAGGAGAGAGACAGCACUGUUCAGAGUUUGUUUGAAUCAGAAAUGAAGGAGAAGUUGUUUGAUUUGCCAGCAGCAGUGAGGGUAGAGGUUCCAUCUUCCUUUCCUGCAGAUUUCAAUGGAAGUGAAAGUGCUGCAAAUGGACAGGCAUUAGUUGACACAGGGAUAGUUACUGUUUGCUCUCAAGCAGGUGAGACUGGGCAGAGAUUAGAUGUGAAUAAAAACCCUGGUUUAGAGCUAGGUGAGUCAGACAGAAAGAUAAAGCCAGAUCAAACAACUAAUGUGUACCAGCAAAGAACUGAAAUGUUAGAAAACAGUGCUGCAUCUGUUGAGUUUGCUUCACAGAAACCUGAGACUUCACCUAUCCAAAACUCAGUUUUAUCAAAGAUCAGCACAGACUGUUGUAAUGUUCAUGUAGAUGGUAUUCCAUGUGCAAACCGAGCUGAAGAAGUUUUUCCAAAGACAUUUGGCACAAUGCAAGAUGUUGUUGGGGAAGCAGAAACUGGAGAAGAGGACUUCAGUGCUGCCUCAACUAUGGAAAGCAAACAGGGUGAAAUUAAGGAUGCAGAGCUGCAAAUCUGCAAUGAAACCUCCGACACAGACAGAAGCCAGGUAGUGCAAAUGGCCGUAAAAGGCUCUAAUGUUGAGGAAAUCCCAAAAGAUGAGGCAGAAUUGGUAGAGGAGAGGGAACAGAGGGAGGUGCAAGUAGCUGACAAUGAUGAAGAUGUAGGCAACCAAGUGAUUUUGAAUUUACAUGAUAACAAAAGUGGAACAGAAUCAGGCUCAGGUCUGUUUAACAAUGGGGUGCAACAGAACAGCACAGAAACCCCUACUAUUCCCUCAGAAGGGGGUGUUAGUUGUGUUAAGUCAGCUAGAAUAGAUGAUAAUAAGACGGAUAACUCAAGCGCUGAUGCCGUCAUUGUCUCAAAUGUUGUUACUUCAACCACCACUGCAGACCCUAAUGAGUCAGAGAAACUCCAUCAUCAGGUGGCAUUUUCAGAGUCCCCGGAUGGAACCGAGGUAAACCAUGCUGCUGCUGCUGCUUCUCGGCGUGAUGCAAAAUGUCUUGAAAAGACUCCUGCCUGCAGCUCUCUUGUUGAUCAAGAUGUGUCAGAGAGUUCUGAUCCUGAGCCAGGAUCCCAGGAACCAGAUACAAACUGGAUACAAGCCCUAAAAGAAGCUGCAUCCCUCUCUCAGAGUAAACAAGUGAGCACACAGGAUGCCUUGAGACCACUUCCAUCUCUGGAGUCUCCUCAGGUUGAGUUUUUAACUCCCACUGAGGAGAUAGCUGCUCCACUGAGACCAGAGGAGGCGAUCCCACCACCAGAGGAAGCAGAAGAAAAGACAGCCCAGAGCUCAUGUCUAAGUACUGUGAAGAGGCCAGUAGAUCUUCCUAAACCUUUAGAAAAGGUGGAUCUUCCUGAACCAACAAAACAUACAGCAGAUCUGACCACAAAGGCUGAGCUUCUGGAAGAAUCAUCCAAAAAACCAAAACCUUUAGAGCCAGAAUCAUCUCCAAAGUUUUCAAAGUCUGACAGGAAACCUGUUGAAGAAGCAGCAGAGCAGACUGCACUCUUAAAAUCUGCUCAAGAGGCAGAAGAGAUCCCAGAACCAACAAGAAAUGACGUAGAAACCGGAGGAACAGAAAAUCUAGAAGAUUUACAACGAACCAAGCCAAGAGUAGAGACUGUACAGCAAGAGCAGCAGUUAUCGGAAGAGCCAGAAGAAAAACCCACAGAGGUCUUACCUGUGGAGCCAUUUAAAGUCCUUGCUGAAAAUACUGAAGUACCAGAACCAGUCGAAGAUCCCUCCACAGCGCUACAGGACUGCGGGCUCUCUCUUGCUGAGCAGGCAGUGAGCGGUCACCCUGCCCCUGCUUCUUCCACACUUCCCUCCAAUGAUCAUUGCACUACACACCUGCCUGCCAUCCCUCCUCACCUCCACAAAACAACAGAGCUCCCCCCUCUCUCACCUUUGGAGAGCAGCACACUUCCACCAACCCCACCUGCAUCCCCCUGCUUUCUAACAUCAGCCCCCGUCCGCCCCUGUACACCUUCGGCUGAACCUUGUGAGGACCUUCACCCUGUUUCUGCACCCUGCCAGGUUCUGUUAAGGAGCUCGGACUCUGAUGGCGCUUUUGAAACUCCUGAAUCUACAACUCCAGUGAAGGCUGUUUCUCCUGCUGAACCCCAAAGAGAGCUGCUGGAAUCUGAUGAUAAAGGGUUGAACGACUCAGAAGGGGAUCUUACUUCCGACUUCACUGCACCUUCUCGCUCCCCAUCCAUAGUCUUUGAUGAGAACAAACCCAUUGCUGCAAGCGGGACAUACAACUUCGACUUUUUCGCUGCAGAGCCGACGAGUCACACUCUGACUCGCUCUCUCAGCCUACAGGGAGGAGAGCUUGACAGUCCUGGUCUGCCAGAAGAAUUGGCGUCAGAAGCUUUCCGUCAACAUUCUGAAUCCUUCAGUGUAGGUACCGAGAACACUCAAGGGAAACUCCGCAGACCCAAGAAAGUCAGCCCCAGUUCAGUAAAGAAGAAGCCCCUCCUCAGACAAAACUCCAACCCGGACAGCUCAAAGCCAGCCUCAUCUAGCAGCACCCCAGAAAUUACAAAACGGGCAAAGCCUCGGACUGCUAGCCCUCUUCUGACUCAGGAGGAGUCAGAAGUUGGCUCUGCAACCCCAAGCCCUGGAGGCACUCUCAGAAGAGCCAGGAGGAGCCGUGUUGAAACUCCGCCUCCUCUCCUAGAGGAAACCAAUCAGACCUGUCAAGAGGAGAGCAAAGGUGUCCCAGUGUUACCCUUGUGCCAGGAGGAAGCCCCUCCUGCAGAGAGCAUAACAGACAAAGACAACUCUCCAAUCCCACCUAGUGCCUCAUACAAAUGGGAUCCAGACAACUUUGAGAACAUCAACCCCUUUAACACUGGUGGUAGUAAAAUUGCCAGUUCUCCUGUUCUGGGUCGUAAGGGUCCUGUUUGUGGCCUUGCAUCCAGUCCUCCUCCGAGUCCCACUAUCCCAGCAGCAAAACAACAUCACCAUACUGCCGCCGCCCCACUGGAAGAGCUGACCACUAAUCCAGAGGAGCAACCCAUUUUACCCAAGCGUCAGCCAAUAAGACUCGAGUUUGACUACUCUGAGGAAAGCUGCGAGGCAUCACAGCAGGCCUCUCCUCUGCCUAAGAAAGUUGGCAAGAAGCCUCCUGCCAAGAUGCUGUCGAGGAAACCAAAGCUGGGGCUGAAAAAAGCAACUCCACCACAGGUGGAGCAGCUGGACACCAACCCCUCUGCAACCCACAACAGAACGGAUGAAAUCCCUAUUCCUAAAGUGUCGUACAACAUUGAACCCGACAAGUGGGAUGACCCAAAUUUCAAUCCAUUUUCCACAAAGAAAAGUAUCUCCAACUCCCCCAAAUUAUCCAGGCCCUCCUAUACCUUUGACCCAAACAACACUGAUGAGUCCACAAUCCCUUUUAAAUCCUCCAACAAAAUGGCCUGCUCUCCUCCCACAAUGUCUCCCUCCUUCGAAAUGUCAUCCAAUGACUAUGAUAACGAAAAUGACAAUGACAACAUUGGGGAACUGGAGGACCAAAACCAGAACAAGCCAGCUAAGAAGAAGAAAACUCCCUUAAAAUCGAAGUCCAGGGGUGUGUCUUCUCUUUGUUGUCUGUUUAAUACUUUCAGAGUCAAGAGAUCGCCAAAGAAAUCCCCAUUGUCUGACUUAUCCCAGGAUCCAACGUCUGCAGAUGAAUCUUCAUCCCUCCAUCAACAGGAUGAUCACGCCACAGACGAGGAGAAGCUGGCCUCCUCCACCGGUCAUAAGUGGGCGACCCGCCAUGAUAUGGACCAGGAUUUGAACACUGACCACCAAGACUUCCCUCAGCCCUGCGACCUUACGUCUUUCGUAAAUGAGAACAGUCUCCCUCAGGAGAAUCCAGUCCAGGACUAUGAAAUUGAGUACAUGGAGAAGAUUGGCUCUUCCUCCCCACCAUUGUCUAUCAAAAAGCCAUCUCUGUACUUGAACUUGGACUCAGUAUCUGACAACUUAACCAAAACUACAUGUGGACAUGGAUCUGAGCCCAGCUCCCCCUGCACUGGGAGUUUUGAGGAAAUGGAAGCCCAGAUAUCUGCGGGCAUGAAGACGCCAGUGUUGAGCACGCGGCCUGGUCCUGAAGGAUCUGCUGGGGACAAGGGCAGGAAGAGAGAGAGUGAAGUGCUCAGCCGAACACAGAGCAUAGAGAGGGAAGAGCAGCCCUCUAGCCAGGGCCCCGUGGAGGCCCCUGCUCCAGCCCAAGCCCAGGCCAUGCCUCUGUUAUUAGACAGGCUGUCUGAGUGUGAGCAUCCCCUGCAGUACCUGGAACCUGACCUGGCUGAGACCAACCCAACUGCAUUCGCCCAAAAACUACAGGAGGAGCUGGUGCUUGCUGCCUUGAGGCUAGAGGCUCUGCAAGUAGCCCAAAGCAUCUCCCAGUGCCCCUCCCUCUCCACAGUAACCCCCCAGCACCGGGAAAUGUUGUCUGCUGUGGAGUGCUCCAUACCAAAGAGCUCUCUCUACGCCAAGACGACCACCGGCGGCAGCAGCUACGUCGAAGGCGAGAGUCCUCAUCUGCCAAGAGACCUGGACCAGUCGUUGGACAUCGCGCGAGAGGAGAUCGUGUCAAAGGAGAAAGAAGUACUGGAGUGGCAGAGGAAGUAUGAGGAUAGUCGACAGGAAGUGGUGGAGAUGAGGAGGAUUGUUGCAGAAUAUGAGAAGACUAUUUCUCAGAUGAUUGGCAUGCCAGAGGAUGAUCAGAAGGAGAAGUCUCUGUCCCACCAUACCAUCCAGCAGCUGAUCAUAGAGAAGGACCAGGCAUUGGCCGACCUUAACUCUGUGGAGAAGUCCCUUGCUGACCUCUUCCGUCGUUAUGAGAAGAUGAAAGAUGUACUGGAGGGCUUCCGCAAGAAUGAAGAAGUACUGAAGAAAUGUGCUCAGGAGUACCUGUCCAGGGUCCGUAAGGAAGAGCAGCGAUAUCAGGCAUUAAAGAUCCACGCUGAGGAGAAACUAGACAAGGCCAAUGCAGAGAUAGCACAGGUCCGAUCCAAGGCCAGGCAAGAGCAGGCUGCACACCAAGCCAGUCUGAGGAAGGAGCAGAUGAAGGUGGACUCUUUGGAGCGAACUUUAGAGCAAAAGAACAAGGAGAUCGAGGAGUUGACAAAGAUCUGUGACGAGCUGAUCGCCAAAAUGGGGAAGAGUUAGCAGCCGCACCACAAGCAAAUCUCAUAAGCAAAUAUUUGUAUGAACAGUGGAUCACUGUUGCAAGAAAAGUUGGACAUUUAAGGCCAAAGAGGUCUUGGGGUUUCGUUUCCUACUGAGUCUCCACAAAAACAACCUCCUCUUAUUACUCUGUACAUUUUUGAUGUGUCAGUGUAUUGUACUGUAUCAGGGGUCUGGUUUAAAAUUUUAGAAACUAUCAUAUCAGUGACGAGUGUUGCGUGUGUGACUGUGUGCAUAUGGUUGACAAAAACGUGCAAGGAUUAAUUGUGGGUUGAAUUAUGUGUUUAUGAUGUUGCCAUGACAGCCACUGAGGGAGAAGACUGUUUACCUGCUCCUGUUAGUUCUCCUCUUGAUGCAAGAUUAAGGUAGAUUUUGAAAAAAAUUAGCCACAGAUGUUUAGAUUUAUUUGUACUGUCUUGAAACGCUUAGAACACGACUCAAACCUUCACGAUAGUCCUGCAUGUAAGAGAGAAAGAAAACCUUGUAAUGUUUAUGUUUGUAUAUACUGUACUGUGGAAAAUCCAAAUACAGAACAAAAAAAACUGUCUGCAUUUAGAUAUAUUUACUCUAUUAUCCACACCCUGCUGCCCUCAUGUAAGCAUUUAAAUAUUUGUCAUACGUGUCAUAGCUUUUUUUGAUGAAAUUGUUGGACUUUGACAUUUUUGUUCGGGGAACUUAUUUUGAUAUGAAGCAACUUACUGUGAUUGUGUUCAGUUGUGAGCAGGAUCAAUUUAAAUUUUGAAUGACGACGUCUGUGUCCUGCAGUGGUCAUUUUUCACUGAGGAAUAACUCCUCUUCACAGCUACUGUACAGCAUCAGCUUACUAGUGCAAUAAAAGAUGGCAAUACAGCUCAAGAUUCACUCUGGCUUUCUCAAUCUGUAACUCACCUCUGCUGAAAUGUACAGGCUCCAUGUUAGGUUGGGAUUUUAGGAAAACGUAAAAAGAUUUUAUUUGACAUCCAUCCUGUCAGGGCUUGAGGGAUCCUCAAACGCAGAUGGCCUUACAUUGAUGAUUUGUUAAUACUUUUUGGACCUCUGCCUGUGCACCGGAUAAAGAUGUGUAAGACGAAUUAAAUAAAAUUUAUCUUUUACUCCAGAAGCACGAUUUCACACAUACAAAAGUUUAGAAAUUUUUAUUUAUUUAUUUAUUCUGUGAUAGAAAAAAGUACCACAUAAGAAAAUGUGCAUAGCUAUUGGUUCCCCUAAAAUCCCUUUCGAAUAAAUCAGGCUAAAUCUCUUCUUUGCUUUUUAAAGUUGAUCAGAGUAUCUAGGAAUUUCUAAUUAGUAUUUCAUGACUUUCUGUUUUGCUUGAGUUUUAAGACAUGACCCACUCCCUGCUAUGUUCAAUGAGGACCCAUAUUUAUUUUGCCACCACACACACUGGGCAAGAUGCUAAGGCAAGUAAAAACAAUCCCCAAAGCUCACUGAUGGAGAACUGCUGCAAAGUUUGUCAUUAAGUCUCUGUAACAACCGUUAGAGGCUUGGGAGCUAUGCCAGAAAAAAGCCUUUUCUGUACUACCAUCACAAACGUAAACAUGUGGAAGUGGCUAAACUUUACUGAGACUUUAACUGGAACCUGAUACUAAGAUUGAGUUUUUCUGUAAUAAACCCUCUGGGUGGUUUUAACAUGAAAUAAAGGAUGACUGUGUGUAAAAGCGC